UGAUGUUUUCAGCUUUGGUCUGGGUAACUUUCACAGUACUUGCAACUGUUCUUCUCUUCAAUUCAUUGUUGAUCAGAAAGAACAAGAAGAAGAAAUUGCCCCCUAGUCCAAGAGGAGUUCCUAUUCUAGGACAUCUUCAUCUGUUGGGGAAAAAUCCUCACCAGGAUCUGCAUAAGCUGUCUAAGCAAUAUGGUUCUAUCAUGCAUCUACGAUUCGGAUUCAUAUCAAACAUCGUUGUUUCAUCCCCCCAUGCGGCUGAGCAAUUCCUGAAGACAUAUGAUCUUGUUUUUGCCAGUAGGCCACCUCAUGAAGCUGCAAAGUAUCUGAUGUUUGGGCAAAGAAGCCUGGCCUUUGGGAAAUAUGGUCCAUAUUGGCGCAACAUGCGUAAAUUAUGCACCUUAAAUUUGCUUAGUAAUCUUAAGAUCGGUUCAUUUCAGUCUGUGAGAAAGGAAGAGCUUGGAUUGUUUGUUGAAUCACUCAAACAGGCGGCUCUUAAUCAUGAUGUUGUUGAUAUUGGUGCUGAAGUUGCUGCCUUAAGCGCGAACAUUACUUGUCUGAUGGUGUUUGGAAAGAAGUAUGCUGAUAAGGAAUUUGAUGAGAGAGGCUUCAAAGAUGUGAUUAAAGAGGCUAUGCAAUUAAUGGCAACACCUAACCUUGGAGAUUACUAUCCUUUUCUCAAGGUACUUGAUUUUCAAGGCUUGACCAGGAGAAUGAAGACUGUUGGCAAAAUUUUUGAUGAAUUCUUAGAGAAGAUUAUUGAUGAACACGAGCAAUCUGCAAACCAAGCUAGGCAAGCUGAUGACUUUGUCUAUACCAUUUUGGCCCUCAUGAAAUCUAAAGAAACUGAAUUUGAAUUUGAUCGCCGCCACAUCAAAGCAGUUUUGGUGGACUUGCUUACUGCAGCAAUGGACACUACAGCUACAACUGUUGAAUGGAUACUCGCGGAGCUCUUGAAAAACCCCCGAGUAAUGAGGAAAGUCCAGCAAGAAUUGGACGAAAAAGUAGGCCUACACAGGAUGGUUGAGGAAUCAGAAUUGGAAAACCUGACAUACUUAGACAUGGUUGUAAAGGAAGCAUUAAGGCUCCAUCCUGUUGUACCAUUACUUCUUCCUCAUGCAGCCUUGGAGGAUUGCAUAGUUGACGGUUUCCAUAUACCGAAAGAUUCCCGAGUGACGAUCAAUGCUUGGACAAUCGGAAGAGAUCCAAAUGCAUGGUCUGAUCCUGAGAAGUUUACACCAGAGAGAUUUAUUGGGAGCAACAUAGAUGUAAGAGGACAUGAUUUCCAGCUUAUUCCCUUUGGCUCAGGCAGAAGAAGCUGCCCUGGAAUGCAGUUGGGGCUAACUGUGGUCCGUCUUAUGUUGGCACGAAUGGUGCAUUGUUUCAAUUGGGAACUUCCAAAUGGGAUGCUGCCUUCAGAGCUAGACAUGACCGAGGAAUUUGGCCUUGUGAUGACCAGGGCCAAGCAUCUGAUGGCUAUUCCAGCAUAUCGAUUGAGCAAAUGAUUAAGCAGGUCUUGAGAUGCAUACUAUUUCUAUAUUGCACCUUAUAUAUUAAGGUCUACUCUGCUAAGUUCUUGAAAUAAUAAAUGGUUGUCAAGAAUAGGUAGGUAUUCAUGACAGAACCAAGUACUUUAAAAGCUUCUUCUUUUGUCACUUAUAAAGUAUGAAAGAUGGAAUCUUUUUCACAAAUUCUGUACAGUUUAAAUUAGGAUUACUGCAUUUUUCUUUUA